AAUGAAAUUAAACAUAAUAAUGUAAAAGGGAAUAGAAAAAAAUGUUAAUAUGUAAUAAUUAAGAUAAUUCCCUAAAUUGCAGGUCUGCAGUUUCCGACAAUCAGUUUGGCCAAUUGAAUGUUUCGAUUGCCUCAACAAACGUACCGCUACCAAUGAACGAGACCUUUGAUCAGUUUGGCCGAUUCAAUGUUUCGGUUGCCUCAACAAACGCACCGCGACCAAUGAACGAGACCUUUGUCGUCGAAGCUGCAAUUUCGGACACCAGUAAAACCGAUGACGAAUCAGACGAAGGAACCAGCGAUACAGGCCCUACACACGACCCUAUCCACGAUACCAUCUCGUACUCUUUCAAUGAAACAGCGGAAUCCUUUGGACCCAUUGAGCAAGUGGCCCAGAAUGAAGAAGAAUCAAUUGCCGAAGUGGAACCGAUGAAAGUGACCGUCAAUCGGCCCAUCACGUAUCAAAUAGAAGAUCAUGGAACGAACCAGGGAAAGCGGAAAUUGUCGGACAGCAGAGGUUUCACUUACACGGUGAAAGUAAGAGAUAAAUGUAUAGUUUUCAUCUGACACUAAAAAAAACCGUUUGCUUUAUACAGAAGAUUAAUAUAUGUAAUAUAUUUUUUCAGCGUCUACGGAAAAACAACACCAUCACGGAUUGGUGUUGCAGUGUAAGAUCAAAAGCCCAUCGAUGUCCAGCAACCGUUGUGCAGAACGGCGAUAACUUUAGAAAUGGGCCAAGUGCUCACAACCAUCAAGCAAAACCGGGAAUUGGCACCGCAGUAAAGAUCAUGGCGGAGGUAGGAACAGUAUGAAUAAUAUGAAUUAAAGUAUUAAUAUGAUUGGGCAAUUAACACAAAAAUGUGUAAUGUCUAAUAUUUUUUACAGGUCAAGGCUCGCGCAAAAAAUGAAGUUUUCACGUCUGCCGCCACCAUUGUACAAGACGUACUGCAGGCCAGAGUCAAUGAGAGUGAGCUAGACAACAGCAGACCUGACGUGGAAAAACUCAUUCGACGGGCAAACAGAGCGCGAGAAAAAAUGCGACCAGAACAUCCCGUCAACCUCGCUGCUACAUUGCGUUAUAGGAUCUAAAAUCUCUCAGAAUUACAGUUCACUGGUUGGGUUUGUAUAUGUGGAAUUUAUUGUGAGCAUUGUAAAGCUUUUAAUUAUUCUCAGUUCUGUAUUGAUUAAUCAUGUGUUCUUUUUCAGAUUUUUUUUUUAAUUUCACGUUCAACUUGUUAAAUAUAGAAAUAAUUUAUUUUGAUAGUUUUGGAAUAGAAUUUCUUAUAUACUUGAGAUGAAAAUUUCAGAAGCAUUUUUAUUCCCUUUUUUCUGAUAAGAAUAUGUUUUUUAGCUUUUUGGGUUUAAUAAUUUAUUUUUUCCAAUGAAAUUUAACUUUUACUUUUGGGUUUAAAUUUUUAUUUUUUACAUUCAAAAUUAUGGCUCUUAAAGAGGAGGCCUCCACGUGGCAAGAGCUGGGCAACGGUAUCAACAUUCGUUCUCUCUGGGUAGAAAUGAGUAAUAAUUAACAUGAUACCGGCAGACAUCCUCAUCAUUAAUAUAGCCAUUUAAAUAUGAAUCCAUUUAAAUAAAAGCAAACUAAAAAAAAAAAAAAUUAACCCACUAAUGAAUCUACCAGGAGACGGAUUGACCAAAGCAUGGGGACGGAUCGACCAAAAUAAUAUGUUAAUUAACAUUAUACCAGGGGACGGUUUGACUAAAGUUGGGGAUGGUUUAACCAAAACUAAGGGACGGAUUAACAUUGCCUACAUAAUUAUACGAUGGGACGGUUUG